AUGUCUACUACUACUCAAACUUACUUAAACGCUAUUGCUAACCGUAGAACCAUCUACAACUUAACUGAUGCUUUACCACAAAACGUCAGCGUUUCUGAUAUUCAAGCUGUUGUUCAAUCUAUCAUCAAGAACACCCCAACUGCUCUAAACUCGCAAGAAAACAGAGCUAUCAUUGUCACCGGUAACACCCACAAGAAGAUCUGGAAUUCUGUGAUCAACGCUAUCCCAGGUGAAAAUGGUAAGAAGAGACCAACCUCUGCCAGAGAUGAAGCUUACGGUUGUGUCAUCUUCUUCACCGAACAGAACACUAUCAAGAAGUUCCAAAAGGACUACCCAGCUGCCGCUUCUGCUUUCCCAGUUGCCGCUUCUGCUACUACUGGUGCCGUUCAAAUUAACUCUUGGACUGCUCUAGAAACUAUGGGUCUAGGUUGUCAUUUACAACAUUACAAUGAUGCUGUUAGAGCCGCUCUAGGGGACUUAGUUCCAGAAUCUUGGACCGUUAACUCCCAAUUGUGUUUCGGUUCUCAAGUCAUUCCAGCUGGUGACAAGACCUUCAUCGACAACCCAGUCAACAUCUACAAUUAA